AUGCCUGUGGGGUUGCUGCUGGUCCCUUCACAGCGACCCCUCUCCGUUUCCCUGAACCUGGCUGACCCAGAUCAGGUCCCCAAUGAAGUACUGCCACCUGGUGAUCUUGCAGCCUGGACGCUAGUGGUAGCUUAUGGAGCAACAAUUGAUCCUGGUGAAGGUGUUCCAACCUCAAGCUUUCAGGAGAAGCUUACAAAGCUGCUGCAGGAAGAGGGGAAGACGUUACAGAAAACGGCGAAAUCACACAACGAGAAUAAUGCGUAUCGGCGGUUACGAACAUUCUCAGGAAGCAUUCCUACUCCCUCGGGAGAGGAGAGUUUUGAUAGUUGGAUGGAUCAAGCCCGUCUCAUGGUUCAAGAGUGUGACUGCUCCAGUAGAGAGAAAAGGAAGAGAAUCGGGGAGAGCUUGAAAGGACCUGCUUUGGAGAUUAUUCAAGCAGUGAGGGCCGCCAACCCUGAUGCUAGCCCGAUGGACUACCUGGAAGCACUUGAACACACGUUUGGAACCCCCGAGUCUGGUGAGGAUCUUUAUUUUGCAUUCAGAUCAUUAAGACAACAGCCUGGAGAAAAGCUGUCUGAUUUUCUGAGGAGGCUAGAGAGGUCUUUAAAGAAAGUAGUGCUGAAAGGAGGCAUUGUGUCAAGCCGCAUUGAUCUUGUGCGCAUUGAACAGCUUAUACGAGGUGCUACUGAGUCUGAGCUGAUGCUGAUACAGCUGAGAUUAAGGGAAAGGAAGGAUAACCCCCCUGCGUUCCUGACUCUCCUGAAUGAAAUCCGUGAAGAGGAGGAGCAAGAAGCUGCUCGUCAUAAACUGAGCACCAGUGUAAAGCGGAUACAAGUCAGAGAUGACGAGAACCUGGAACAGUCUGAGUUUAAUGAACUGAAUGCUCAAGUUAAAGAGUUGCAAACUGGGUUUGUUGCCAUGAUGACAGCAUAG